CCAUUUUUGCGUUGUAGUUGGUGGCCGAAAGCCGAAAGUAAGGAAGACGGGAGGUUCAUCGGCGCGUCUGAACAAUUAAUUAUUUAGACAAUAUGUGAAAUUGAAACAAACAACCGUUUUUAUUUGUAAACGGUCUCAACUGAUUUGUUUGUGAUUUUCGAUAAUCAUCACAGAGGUGCAGCCUGUGAUUUAAACAUCAUCAAUUCAUUCUAUAAUAAACUAGUCUGAUUGUUUUCGAUACGUCGUAGCUGUGUGCCUCCCGUCUUCUAUUAAAUUUAUCGAUAAAAUUUAAAUUUACAAUACAACAACAGUGUCUUUACUCCGUUAUUGCAAUUACAAAAAUUUUAAACGUCAGCAUUUUUACCGACACCAAUUGUUUAUUGUUUUUAAUAACAAUAAAUAAGGCAUUGUAAAAUGGCAAUACUACCACCUGAUCCAAUUUACGUUUUACGUGGGGACAUGGGUCCUGUUCACUGUCUUGAUUUUAGAAUUUCUCCCUACGUUGAGCACCUCUACGCUGGUGCUGAAAGUGGAAAUAUUCAUAUUUGGGAUCUUCAAAGACAUCGAGAAAUUUGUAAAUUGAAUGCUAUUAAAAAACAGUGUCUAGCUUUACAUACACUGGAUGAUGAGUAUUUGAUUAUUCAAAGAAAAGACGGCUGUGUUGACAUUUGGAAUGCUGAUGGAUCUAAUUGGAUACUUGAUAAGACUAUUGAUACCGAUUACUGCGGAUUUUCCAGAUACCAGAUUUUGACUGAUGAUAUAAUUCUUCUUCCACUACCAAACUCGCAGGUCGGAGCCUUAUCUUUGACUACUCAAGAAUUUGUUUAUAAAUUAGAUCCAAUGGUAUCUAAAGUGCCCAAACCUCUUGGUGAAGUUAUGGCGAUUAAAAAUUGCUCACUUGAAAAUAAUAUUAUACUUAUUGCGUACGAAAGUGGUGACAUUGCAGCGUGGAACAUCAAGGACCGCGUAAUUGUCAGUUGGUUGAAUACCGACUCUUGCCCGAUGACUAUUAAUUUUGAUAACUAUUGGAUGCGAGGUAUUAUCGGUAACCCAACAGAUAAAUUAGAGGUUUUUGAUCUGAACAAAAGCAACCAACUGGUCCACAAGACAUCGAUAACUCUUAAAAAUAGCGGGACAUCUUUAAUUGCAUCUCGACCAGACUCGAAAGUUUUUGCUGCUGGCGGUUGGGACGGACGAGUCCGCAUAUUUUCGUGGAAAACGCUUCGGCCCCUUGCUGUCCUUAAUCAACAUAGAUCUAAUAUUUUUGAUAUUAUUUAUUCAAAGGAAAAAGUCCAAGCGUUUAACAAUAAGAAUCUAAUGGCUGCAGCUGGCAAAGACGGUACAGUCUCACUCUGGGAUCUCUAUAAUCAAUAAAACUGUCGACUAAAAUCUACAAUCAGUCUCAACUUGCAUUUUAUAAAAUUAUUUAACACAAAAUCAUCAAUUAACUGAUUUGUGUUAACAAUGUUUCGUAUAAAUAUUUAUUUAAACUCAGCCUAAUCGUUCGAGAUUAGUUUGUAAAACUAAAAAAAAAAAAUAAACCGGACAUUCUUGAUAAUUUAUUAUUUAAUCAAGUACCUGGCACAUGAACGAUGUAAGUAAUUCUUUUCUAAUAAAAUAUUUUCUUUUAAAUUACCAAAA